UUUAAUAUAUAGUUUACCUAAAAUCUCAAAAUAUAACCUUUUUUUUUGUAUUCUAAAUUAGAAUUUUAAUAUUUUAUUUUAAUUUUGAGUUUUCCUCUAAUUUUUUUAAACUAUUUUAAAAGUGUUCCUUAUAUUACCUACUAUGAAAGUACCAUUUGGACACGUUUUAGGACCUUUUUUUAAGCAACACAGUGCAUACAUUAAUAUAAUAUGUAAACCAUGUCUGUUUGGAUCACAAGUGUAUCUUAUGGUGUUCAGUGUUGUCGCAUUGAUUAUUACAAUUUCGGAUCUUAACAGACUUAUUGGACAAGGAUGUUUGUCACCUUCCUUGCUGAAAUCACUUGGUCCUAAAGUUUGUCCCACUUUUUUAAAGAAUUCAAAGUUGAUAGGCAGUGGAAUAAAUAUAUAUACUUAUCUCUUUCUCCUGCUGGGCGUUGUCUAUAAUUAUCCUGUAUUUUUGAUGCCUUACCUCUUUCUUCAAUUCCUCAAUAUUUCUUUGCUCGCUAUGUUGCUAACUCUGACUGUAAUUACUAAUUGGAGCAAUCUUGAAAAGAAGAAUUUGCCACUCUUCGGAUUUAUGGUCCAUAACUGGUUGCAAGUUUUUUGUUUCUUUCGCAGUUGUUUACAUGUGAGUGAUUUCUAAAUUUGAAGAUAAAUAAACUCUAUAAUAUUAUAAAUUUGUACAAUUAUUUUAUUAAUAAUAAUGAAAUCUUAGAAUACAACUUGAGACAGAUUUUAUUAUUACACAAAUAAAUGAGUUAAGAACCAAUUGUUCUGUCAUUUAUAACUGAAAAUCUCCACACCAGUUUUGCUUCUUACUGUAGUAUUAUAAUAAUUCAAUUCAGUUGAAGUAGCUGUGGAAUUGAUUGGUGGAGUAUAUCUUUGGGUUGUUGUAAUUGUUGAUUCUGUCUCUUCAUCUUUUAUGACCAGCCUGUCAACAGUAUUUUGGUACUUUUGGGUUGCGGGACAGUAGCUACUCAUUUCUUUCCAUAAGGUAUCAUUCAUAUUUUUAGCUAUAUUUAUCCACUCCCUACUCCUGACAAACAUGCACCUCUCUUCAGGCAUGUUGCACAUUUCCAUACCGUCUAUUCUUAUCACGCCUCGGCAGCCAGUUUGUAUAAAAUGUUCUGAGCCACAGAACUUCAUUAUCGAACUGUCUAUUAGAUUAUCCAUUGAUAAAUUACGAUUCUGUCUCAGUGUUUCUCCUAUGAGGUCAUACAAAUAUGCUGCACAUUGCUGCGGGCAAUAGAUCAAUUCUGGAUCUAUUUGACAAUUUAUAUUUUCAUUAUCAUAUAACCUAUUAUUUAACAUUAACAGGUCUUCUGAAAGAACGGUUCCUCCAAACUGCCAUACCGUUAGUAAAGCCACUUCAAAUAAUGACCUAUCAUCUGCUUUCCAUUUUCCUUCAAAUGGAGAUCCCCUCGUGAUUGUUUUACCUUCUAUGUUGAUUAUAUUAAAAUUGUCAUAUUUCAAACUUAGUGCAUGUUCAUACGAUUGCUGUAUAUGUUUUAGAAACAUAAGAAAUAUAUUUUUGCUUGGAGAUAAGCGUAAUACAGACUCAAUAGAACAAGCUGAAUAUUUAUCUAAUGGUUUUAGCACCAUGUAAAAUAUGUUAUUUCCAGAAUCGAAAACUUCUAGAUCUUUUUCAGGAAUACUUUGUCUCUUCUCAUGUGCUUUAUCUAUCAUUUGAUUGCAGAAUUCGCUUUUAAUAUCCUUUCCCUGGUUUUCUUCUUGUGGUAUAUAAAGAUUUUGCUCAACUAUUCUGAAAAUUAGCAUGUAUGAAAUGUAGUAAUUACUUUUAUUGGAAAUGAUUUCUAAAGAAAGAAUUAAUUAAAUUUGAUUAGUUAAA